AGAAGCGUUCAGCAGUAGGUAACCUGUGGCGCUUGAAAGUUCAUUCAUUCCGUUGUUGACCGUGUUCAGUCGGGCCGUGUUGCGGGUCGUUGAAAGGUGAUGGAUGGCGCGUGUCGUGGUACGGUGACACGAAGUUGACAUAUUGCGCGAAAACGGUAUCAAACGUGUCUUCAUCCUUCUCUCUAAUAUCAUUUUAUGAUCCCCGUCGUAUCCACUAAUGGCAGGAGAGUUGUGUAAAGAGAAGUUCACGGUUCUAGUUCAACCAAGAUUGAUCCUUCGCUUGCAUACACCGGAAAGCUCCACAAUGUUCUAUUGCAAUAUUGAAAGUCAUCAAGGAUGGAAGAUAGAAAACUCACAAUGUCCUGUGACAUUCUGGCAAGGUUAAAUGAGACUGAACAGAAUCUCUUUGAGAAUCAAAAUCAUUGUAUAAAGCCAUUACCAAUUACAUUUGAUCAAGUGGAUGCUGAGAUUUUAAUCAACAAUAAAGAUUCCAUCAAUGAUUCAACAAAAACCAACUGCUGUAAUACCUCUUCAAAAAUAUCAUUACCUUCAAAGGAUACCCAGACUUUUUUUCUUUUUCAGAACUCUAAGGAAAAAGAAGAGGCAUGUUCUACAAAAAAAACUAUUCAGCCACCCUCACCAACUACUCUACAGUGGGGUAGGGCUAUAGCCGAAGUAAAAGAACAUGCUGUAGCAAAAUUACAAGAUGAACUUAAGAGGGCUCACGAGGAGUUGAAACUCAAGGAUGAAGAAGUUACAAGACUUUCAAGAAUCAAACAAGAUGUUGAAGCUGAAUUGGAGGAACUCACUGCCAGCCUCUUUCAAGAGGCACACAAUAUGGUACGAGAAGCAAAUGUGCGGCAAGCCACCGCGGAGCGCCUAUUGGAGGAAAGUCGUAUGAAAGCUGAGGUUUUGGCUGCUGAAGUGGCAGCUCUAAAGACAUUAGUAUUAACUUCAACGCCUGCUAAACCGAACUUUCAUUUACAUCCGCAGAUCGAUACGAAAAGUCGUCCGAAUAACGAAGAUGGUCAACAAAGUCUUUUUGCAAGAAAACAUAGAAGGUCACCGUCGCAUUUCAAUCUAAAAUACGGUCGAGAGAACUCACCGCCGGAUUCUCCGCUAAAGGAACAAAGACCAUCUUUACCGUCGGAUCGAGAGACUCUGGAAAGGGAUUGGAAGAAAGACUUGGAUAAGGAAAAGGAUAAAGAAUGCAAAGAUUUUGGCCUUGAAGUUGAUCCUAGAGUACAUACAGAAUUUCUUAAGUGGAAAGUCAGUCCAUGCGUAGACAAAGGCGAUCCUUUUGUUGGUAGAAUUUUUAAAGAAGACAUCGACCUCUGCCUUGAUUUCCCUAAUAAAGAAUUAGGUACAAAAGUUAGGCAAGCUGUUCUCGAUGGUAUCAUCUUUAUAGAAGCGAUUAGUGACAAGACGAAAUUCACUUUUCCAAAAAAAUGUGUACUGCUCGAAGCGCCGCGCCAAUGUUAUUAUCGCAUGAGAUUCGGGGAUCAAGAAAAUCAGUGGUACAGCAUAUCACAAAUUUGUCGUAAUCGAAUCAUAGCGGUCUGCGACUUCUUGAAUUACCUGCGUUAUAUCGAGCGCGGCCUUGUCAAAAGCUCAGUUCACGAUGUUUACUGGGAAAUUACACGAUUACGAAAGGAAAUGGCAUUUGCUCGUUUAGGCCUCGCAUUGUCGUCUUAACGCUCUCUAUGAAGGAGUUGUUCUAAUCUUAAAUGUAAAAAGAUUAGGCCAUAGAUCUGUUAUUAUUCAUUUACAUCUAUUAAUUGUAGGUUGUUAACAAUUUUAAUCGUUCCGACUAGCCUUGAUCUUUUUUUCUACUCACGAUCGAGAUUUUAUAGAGUAAGUGUUAAAGUUUUAAUGUACAAAAAGCUCUCAAAUUCCUCUAUUAUAGGGUAAAACUCUCGCAACUUAUUUAGAAACGUUUAUACGAGCAAAAAUCUCAUUUACGAUUAUGGUUUCGAAAAUGUCAAGUGCUAUCUACGUUCUCGAACAGAAAAUGAUAAUGACUUUGUUAACGAUCUGACUUUAAUUAUAUAACAUAUUAUUUUAUUAACAGGCAGAAAUAUAUUUUUGAUCAGUUUCAAAGUGCAAUGAAAUAUUUCUAAGAUAUUUGGGAACACGGUGCCUUUUGACUUAUUGCUUAUCGAUAAUACGCGGCUAGAGUUUAGUUUAAGCUUUGUAGUUAGCGUCAAUUUACUCGCAUCGCACAGAAAAAAUAUGCUAUUAUUUUUAUAAUUUAUUGAUAAUUACGUUUUUUUUAGUCUGAAGGACUGUAGAGAGAUAACUAUCUUCUUGAGUUCAAAAUUAAUUUGGACCAUGAUACAUAAUGAAAAUAUGUAUUAUAUAUUUACACAUUGAUCCUUGUUAUUAAGUGUAAAACAGCUACACUGAAUAACAGAUCAACCAUUUUUACGCUUUUUUGUGCUAACUAUUACUGAUCAUAAUGAUUUUUAGCAGAUGAGAUUGCUCAUUCCUAAUUAUUACGGGCUAUAGUAGAUCGAAAAAGAAUCUCUUUUUUAUGUUAAAUAGUUCUGCGAUUUGUAUAGUUUUCAUUUAUUAUAUUUCGGAAUUAAUUAGUUCUCUUUUAUUAAACAUUUGUUCAUUCCUGCGCUUAGCUAAAAUUCAGAAUUUAUUGAUUUACAUAUUUGUACACAAACACACACACAUACCUUUGGACAUUUAAAAUUAGAUUAUUGAAUUUUGUUAGAAAAUCAAAUAUAUUUAAUUCAAAGAACAAAAACUUUUAAAUGAAGGUCGUCUUACAUUAAUUAUCAAAGGACGUGCCGUUGAACAUAUUGAAAUAAUGAAAUUAUUUUAAUAUCAUUUUAUAAAAUGUAAGUAUUUAAGAUUUCGGCAAAAUAUUUAAAGGAUGCCAUACGUAAAUCAUUCAUUAAAAAUCAAAAAGAGAAAUAUCUAUGUAAGGGUUGUACUUUGUAAUAGUUUACAAGACGUAAAAUAAUUUAAAAAUUGCUUUAUAAUCGUAAUUUAAGAAUUAAUGAUAUUACGUUAGUGUGAUACGAAUCGAAGCAUGAGUUUUGUCCAAAGGUACAUAGUUUUUUUCUAUAGAGAAAAUUGUAUUAUAUUCAAUAGAAGAAAUACGUUUUCUUCCAUUACAAACAUUAACUAGUACCUGGUAAUUAGCGUACAUAUAAAAAAUAUAUACUGUUAAGGAUUUCACAAAACAUUAAACAUACAUGUCAUACAAGUACCACGCAACUAAAGUGAUAAGAAAUAUUUCGAAUUACUAACAUUUGAUGUGUGCCCCCUGGGUAAAAAUAUUUUUUGUUAAUCUAUCUAAUUAUUCAGACUUAAAGAAAAACGACGUACAGCUUAUAUGUUUUUAUAAAACUGUUUCAAUUAACGAAACAUUUAAUGCUAUACUUCCAUUGUUUAUGCAAAUCUUUAAUUUGACUUUUAGAUAUCAUCGAAAUUAAAGUAAACUAUAGAAUUGUUUUUAUGCAUACAUACAUACAUAUAAACAAUUCAUUAUUAAAAAUAUGUUUCCUGUAUAUUAAAGGUGCUUUACAAUAAUUAAUAAGAAAAUAACUGUAUAAAAUACUUCCAAAUAUAAAACUCUUAGACUAAUUUUAGAGAAUAUACUUGGUCUCUUAGUAAGUUUUGUACAAUCAAAUUUUUAAAAAAUGUGUUCGCGUUACGUUCGCGUAACACGAACAUUUUUUAGUACGAGAUGAUUUUCCUGAAAAGUGUACGUGCCACGAAAACAAAGGAUUCCUAAAAAAAGAAAAAAUAAAUUUUAUUUUUCCCGCGUAAAUGUAGCGCAAUGUACGCGAACGACGCUGUGCAACAUUUCGAAUUGAUUCUUUGUAACCAAUUUAUAGUCGUUUAAAUUGGAAUAGAGUUGGACGUUAUAAUUACUGAGAUCAUAGAAAGUAAAAGUGUAAUAGUGUUCAUAUUAAACAAUUAAUUAGAACUAUUCUCAGUAGUACACAUUCGAACUAUUCAUGGUUGCCAAAGAACGAUGUUUAUCAAGAUAUACAUUGAAUUCUGCCGUUAGAUGUAAUUUGUAGGCAAAGUCGUGAAAGUAUGGUUACAAAUGCAGAACGGCUAAAAACAGCUCACGCAUAAUUAGAAACAUUUACAUGUAUUAGGAUGAUACCGAAGUGUAUAUUUGUUAUUAAAAAUCUCUAUGCAUUGUAAUCGUAAAUAUUUUUUGACAUUUGAUUAUUGAUUAAAUAAAUCUUUGUUUUAAUACUGUCGAAA